AUGAAUUCUGGAAAGUCUUUGUCAAGGGUGCAAUGGAGCCUUUCCAAUCCAGAUGGAAUUUCAUACGCCUUUGAUGGAAUUCCAUUUAUUUGUAUUGGAACAUUGAAUUAUCAUUGUCAUCAAGGUGAAGAUAUUGAUAAAAGUACGAAAAUAAAAGAGCAAAGGAAAGAGAUGAAAAUGAGGGUCACGAUCACACGUUUAGAAAACGGAAAAACAUUUUCAACCUACCAAAAAUUGGAUGUCCGAGCAAACGAAGUGGAUGAAGCGCCUAUUAUUAUUGUACGGGCAGGAGAUGUGUCUCAUGGAUGCUACAUACAGAACAUGCAGGUACGCCUUGCCACUCUUCUUUUAUGCGUCAGAUCAAAUGUUGGAUACAUUGUCGUCGCAGUUUUUAUUCCAGAAAAUGAAGACACUGGCUCAAUAUCCGAGGUACUCCGAAUAUUGAGCAGGGAAAAUCCGGAGUGGAACCCCAGAAACAUGAUGGUGGACUUCUCACUGGCAGAAAUUUCCGCGAUUGAAGAGUGUUUUCCUAAAACGCAUGUCCACGUGUGCGAUUUUCACCGCGAAAAAGCCUGGGGUGAAUGGUUAUCUAAAAGUAGUAAUGGUGUGAGUAUGUAUAAAGAUGAAGUGUUGAGGCACUUGCGAAACAUCGCCCAGAGUGAAAACCAAGCCACUCUUGAUGAGAACAUCCAGGCACUCAAAAAAAGCAGGCCAUGGAAGGAAUCAGUCCAACUACAAAACUAUUUUUUAGACUUUUGGGGUUUAUACUUAGAGAAAUGGGUUCGCUUUUUUCGAGAUGAACAUCUUCGUAUUGCAAUUUAUACAAACAAUGGUAUCGAAAGACAAAAUAACUGGCUCAAGCACUCAUAUCUCGAAAGUAGACGAAAUAACUCGGUGUCUGAUCUGGUUGACGUAAUAAUCAACCAUUUUUUACCUGAUAGUUACAAGAAAUACAAAGAGCAAAACAUUCGAUGUACGUCAUCAUAUCGAGGCUACGAUGAUCGUGUUCCAAAGUAUCUCCACGACCGACCCAGAGGUGUUGUUCAACAUAUCAUCAGUAGAAUCGACUCUGGCAUCCAGAUUUCAAACAUUAAAAAAGAGACUCCAAAGCUUUUCAUCGUACAAGGAGCAGAAUGCGCAUACCAAGUAAGGCUUGGCUCAGACGAAGAGUUACCAUCGUGUCAGUGUCUCGACUUUCGAACAAAGAAACUUCUCUGCAAGCACAUAUGCGCAGUUGUUCAACAGCCAGACAUAGGGUGGGAAUCAUUGGGCAGAAAAUUCGACAAGUACCCCUGUUUACUUUGGAUAAAGUGA